UCUAACGUGGAGCUUUCGUAUAUAUAAUCUUUUGGAAAAAAAUCGCGCGCGCGAAAAACCAACCCUUAAUCGAGCCUAAUUCGAUAAUAGAGCCUUAUUCGAUUAUAUCUUCAAUCCGGUUUGUUUUUGGAUUAAUAAUAGCCCCGAUUGAAUUUAUGUAGUAAUGGAUUACUCUUACCUGAAUCAAUCGUUCGACUCGAGCUGUCUUCAAGGCGGCAUGGAUCCGACCGGUCUUACCAAUAUGCCGUGCUCUUACGGCGAUUUGACGUCUUGCAGUCAAAUGUCGCAGGCGGCUUACCGUUACACGGCCGCCGCCGCUUCGAUGGCGCGUAGCUACAAUCCGACGGCCGCCGGACCGAUGGGGGUGCACCAUUCUUCGGCGGGUUCGCAGUGUGCCGUCAUGGGCGGCCGGCCGCACGUCCAGGACGUGCACCGGGCCGCCGGGAUGUUUCCGACCUCGAUGAAUUUGCAAGGUGGUCUGCCAUACAAAGUCUACCCAGGCCACGACGGCGUCCUAACCGAAAAACGAAAACAACGCAGAAUCCGAACCACCUUCACGUCCGCCCAACUCAAAGAACUGGAACGAGCCUUCCAGGAAACCCACUAUCCAGACAUUUACACCCGCGAGGAAAUUGCCAUGAAAAUCGACCUAACUGAAGCCAGAGUACAGGUUUGGUUCCAGAAUCGUAGAGCAAAAUUCCGGAAACAAGAACGUUUGGCUCAGCAAAAGGCUUCGAAUCAGAGUCAGAGCAGUGCGGAUAGUCCGAACCCGCCUCCGUCGAUAAAGGCUGAAAAUACUGGCGGUGGUACUAAAAGUCAGCUGCAGAAGGAUGUAAAGCCGGGGUCGCCUCACUCCAGUGUCAGUACUACGCCGAAUUCGAAUACGAGUAGCUUGUCCAGUCAUCAUUCGACGAAUGGGAUCGAUGUUAAGCCUACAAAUAAUGGUAAACUUACCGACGACUCGAUCUCGAACAACAACAAAUGGUCGACGAUGAGCCCGCAAUCGUGCAACACCGCCCUACUUCUACAACAGGCCAACAAAGUUUUGUCGCCGCAACCGAGCCAUCUUCAGUCCCAUCAUCAUCACGCGGCGGCCGCCGCCGCCCUUUCGUCGCCUUUUACUUCGCUGUUGGGCUCCGGCGGCGCCUACUUGUUGGGCGACCAUUUGAAACCAACGGCUGCGAAUCAUUUAUUUUAGGAAUUUUAAUUAUUGAGUAUAAAUAAAUCCGUCGUCAAUCUCUGAAUUUAUCUAGUUAUACGAUUUUUGUAUACGGACGAAAUUUUUUUUGAAGUGAAACUUCUUUAUGCACACAAGUUUGAACAAUUCAAAAUGAAGCAUGCACUAUUGAAAAGAACAUUGAAUUCUCUAUGAAAUUCAAAAAUUAAAUCUCAUUUUUCUCUUAAGAAUUUGUAACACCCUGUAUAUACUUACGUGUUUGAAGAAGUUUCUCUUCAGUAGCGUGUUAAAUGAUUACACGUUGUAUUUUUUUAUUUUUGUGUAAGUAUUUUAAAAUGAGAAAUGAGUAAAUUUUUCAAUUCACCCUGUAUAAUUGUUACUUGUGCGCAUGCGUUUUUAAUUAUUUUGUAAUUUUUCUAGUUGUACCUAAAUAUAUACAUAUUGUAAAUUAUUUUGUACAUCAUCGUCCAGGCAGGAAUAAAUUAAUUUUAGCGUAAAUUAAUUUGUAUAAAUGUCGUAAUAAUUAUUUUAUUUAUAUAGUGUGAUAUCAUCUUUAUAAACAAACAGGAGAAAUUUCGUCAUAGUCAAUUUAUUGUAAAGUGAAAUAA